AUGUCGAGCUCGUCGCUCCCCACCAAAUCGUCCAACGCUCUGCUUUCAGUCAACUUCAACCAAGACCACUCGUGCAUCGCGGUGGGCACGCGCGAUGGCUACUCAAUCACCAACUGCGAACCGUUCGGUCGCGUAUACACCAACAAUGCUGGCCCCACAUCGCUCGUCGAGAUGCUCUUCUGCACAUCGCUUGUUGCGCUCGUAGCAACGUCGGAUACCGACCCCAAGAGCAACGCUUCACCACGUCGCUUACAGAUUGUCAACACCAAACGACAAUCGGUAAUCUGCGAGCUGCUCUUCCCCACCGCUAUCCUGGGCGUCAAACUCAACCGAAGACGUUUGGUGGUGGUGUUGGAACAAGAGAUCUACAUCUAUGACAUUAGCAACAUGAAGUUGUUACAUACCAUCGAGACCAGUCCGAACCCCAUGGCCAUCUGCGCACUAUCGCCGUCGUCUGAAAACUGCUUUUUGGCGUAUCCUUCGCCUGUGGCUAGCCCCACGAGUCCCUUUUCCAACUCGGGCGCGUCCAGCAGCGCCGAGGCGAAUACCACAGCAGGCGACGUGCUGAUCUUUGACCUGCUCUCGCUCUCGGUCACCAACGUGAUCCAAGCGCACAAGACGCCCAUCUCAGCGCUAGCCUUGAACGCAACCGGUACGCUACUUGCCACCGCGAGCGACAAGGGAACCGUGAUACGCGUGUUCAGCAUCCCAGCCGCGCAGAAAUUGCAUCAGUUCCGAAGGGGAAGUUAUGCGGCGAGGAUCUACAGUCUCAACUUCAACGCGGUCAGUACGUUGUUGGCAGUCAGCUCCGAUACCGAGACGGUGCACAUCUUUAAGCUCUCGAGUGGCGCAGGAGCCGGGGCCAAGGGUAGGAGUUCGAGCAACGGUGGCGAGUCACCGUCGUUGAACUCGUUCGAUGGCAGCUCGGAUAGCUCGUCACCACCCGGUUCAACCACCAACGCCACUCGCGGUGGCUACGAAGCGUUCAUGGGAAAGCACAAGGCGGCCAAGUCAAACGGCAUCAGUGGAACGCUACGACGCAGAAGCAUGGCUCUCGGUCGAGGUAUCACCGGUUCCGUCGGAGGCUACCUGCCGAACAGCUUGACCGAAAUGUGGGAGCCAAGUCGAGACUUUGCGUUUCUCAAAUUACCCUCUCAGGGCGUCAGCAGCGUCGUAGCAUUGAGCAGCACCACCCCGCACGUCAUGGUCGUCACGAGCGAAGGCUACUUUUACAGCUACGCCAUCGACCUCGAACACGGCGGCGAGUGUAUCUUGAUGAAGCAGUACUCUUUGAUCGAUCCCGAUCUCGAUACCACUUCAACAGCCAGGAGCGAUACCGCCACCCCAUCUCUUGCUGAUUGA